ACAUACACUUGACAAACUUGCCGAUCAUCGAAAAAUUCAAGUAACAAGGUCAUUAAAUGAUGAUUGGGAAGUAACGAGUCUUUCGGCUGGGAUAAACAAUUUAUUCUCAACAACUAUAACACAAUAUUACAAUUGGGAAGAAAAGCGUAAAGUUUAUAAUAGUGUUAUUCCUAUUCCUUAUGAAUUAUGUGAAGAUAUUUUUUUAAAAUUUGCCAAAAACAUAGAUUUUAAAGGAAGAUACAUUGAAAUGUUUAAAGAAGAUGGAGGAAGAAUAUUAGAUACGAUAAUACAGUUUUACAAUGAAGAAGAAAAGAAACAAUUGGAUGAAAAUGCAAAUCAUAAUAGUUCCAAUAUCUAUAAUCAAAACUCUCAACAAAACAACUUACAAAAUGAAUACUCACAACAAAUUGUUUCCCAAAAUCAAGCACUAAUUACGAUGAUGCAAAACUUAUCUAAUAAUACUUCUACUAUUCAAGAUACUCUUUUGGCUUCAUGA